AUGGGUGUCCCCGCUAUGUUUCGCUGGCUCAGCCAGAAAUACCCCAAGAUUGUAUCGACCGUUCAGGAAGAGUUGCCCAAGAAAGUGGGCGACGAGAUCAUCCCUGUAGACCGUUGUGGGCCCAACCCCAACGGCGAAGAAUUCGACAACUUGUACCUCGACAUGAACGGCAUUGUGCACCCAUGUUCGCAUCCCGAAGACAAAGCUGCGCCCAAGACUGAGGCCGAUAUGAUGAUGGCCAUAUUUGAGUACACUGACCGCUGUGUCGGCAUGGUCCGGCCACGCAAGCUGCUCUACAUGGCUGUCGAUGGUGUCGCACCUCGCGCCAAAAUGAACCAACAGCGUUCGCGUCGUUUCCGUUCUGCGAGAGAAGCGGCGGAAAAGGAUGUCGAGCGCGCCGAGUUCCAGAAGGUUCUCACUGCGCAAAAGGCGAGUCGCGGAGAAGACGUGACAAGUCUUGAACAAGUUGUAGAGAAGACUUGGGACUCAAACGCAAUUACACCUGGCACACCGUUCAUGCACUUGCUUGCUGAGAGUCUCCAAUACUGGUGUGCAUACAAAUUCACGACAGAUCCUUCAUGGAAGGACAUGAAAGUCAUCAUCUCAGACUCGUCCGUGCCGGGUGAAGGAGAACACAAAAUCAUGAACUUUAUUCGCUCUCAGCGUUCAAUGCCUACACAUGACCCCAACACCUCGCAUGUCAUUUACGGUCUAGAUGCCGAUUUAAUCAUGUUGAGUCUUGCAACUCAUGAACCUCACUUCCGUGUUCUCAGAGAAGACGUCUUCUACGAUUCUGGUAAGGAUAAAACCUGCACACGUUGUGGGCGCAAGGGCCAUAUUCGCAACAACUGUGAGUUUCCGGAUGAUGGGAAGAAGCUCACCGAGGAGGAGGCUGCUGAAGAGUGGGCCAACUCGGAGCAUCAACUCAAGCCCUUCAUUUGGUUGCACACCAACAUUUUGCGAGAGUACCUGGCUGUGGAGAUGGACACGCCGAAGCGCAAGUUCAAGUACGAUCUAGAGCGCUCGCUCGAUGACUGGGUGUUUAUGUGUUUCUUCGUCGGAAAUGACUUCUUGCCUCAUCUGCCCAGUUUAGAGAUUCGAGAUCAAGGUAUCGACUUGCUUAUCAGUAUCUGGCGUGACCUGGCAGCCGAAAUGGAUGACUAUGUCACCAAAGAUGGCUUCCCAGACAUGCGCCGUGUACAGCAGAUUCUCUCAGCUCUUGCGAGUAGAGAGGCUGAUAUCUUCAAGAAACGCAAGGAAGUCUCUGAUCGUCAGGCUGCUAAUAGAGCCAGGCGUGAGGCGCGCGAUGCCUACCAUAACGGUAACAAACGCCAGCGUCGUGACGAGGAUGCAGGCAUCACACCGGGAUUUAGGCCCGUCAAAGAGAGUACAGAUACGUACACCAACUCAGGCAUUGUAUUCUUCGACCCCAAGGAAGCACAGUCCAACGCAGUACGCGCUGUCCACCACGACAUGCUCCACAUACGAGACACCUCGAACAAAAGCGCCGCAGCACGAUUGAAGGAGCAAAUGCAGGCGAAAGCCGCAGGCACCAGUGCACCGGAGAGCGAGACGCCGGCAGAAUCGGAAUCUGCCUCUGGCGCUGAGACGCCUGUGAAUCUUGGCAAGCGCAAGGCCGAUGAAAUAGAGGACGCUGACAACGGCACGCCCGGACGAACCACGCCUGUUGUCCCUGAUACGCCAGCAGAAACUCCAAAAACGAAUGCCGACGAGACUCCCGAGGACACAAUCAAGCUAUGGGAGCCUGGCUACGAAGAGCGUUACUACGAGCAAAAGUUCCAUGUCGACCCCAACGAUAUUGCCUUUCGUAACAAAGUCGCACGUCAGUAUGCUGAGGGCCUUUGCUGGGUCCUGGCAUACUACAUGCAAGGUUGCCCUUCGUGGACGUGGUAUUUCCCACAUCACUACGCCCCCUUUGCGGCCGAUUUCGUAGGUCUGGAAGACAUGGACCCACGUAAGCUCUUUGAGAAGGGGACCGUCUUCCAUCCGUACGAGCAGUUGAUGGGUGUCUUGCCCGCAGCAUCGAACCACGCCAUUCCUGAGCCUUUCCGCCCCCUCAUGUCAGAUGCGGACAGUCCGAUUAUCGAUUUCUACCCAGUUGACUUUCCUAUUGAUCUCAAUGGCAAGAAAUUCGCAUGGCAGGGUGUAGCUAUCUUGCCGUUCAUUGACGAGAAACGACUCCUUGCCGCUAUGGCUACGAAGUACCCCGAACUUACAGACGAUGAGAGAAAGCGUAACGAGUUUGGUAAAGAAACAUUGAUGUUUUCGCAAGAGAGUGGUCUAUUCGAUGAUGUGGAAAAGGCUCUAUAUCGCAAGGGCCAACAGAAGCACGUCAUCGAUCCAGCAAAGAGUAGAGCCCUGCACGGUGAAAUGGCACCGCACGACAUGUUUGUGAUGGACAGUCAAUUGGUCCCGCCUUUUGAUCUUGAUGGAGACAGCGAAUUUGAGAUUGUCCAAGAUCGCUCAAUGAGAGUAUAUUACGAAAUGCCAAGUCUCAGCCAUAACCGCGCCCACAGGUCAGUCCUCCUCGAAGGGUGCAAACUACCCAAGCCAGCCCUCAGUCCAGGCGAAGCCGAGUCCGUACGACGUGCUAACGAGCGCAAUGGCGGACGAGGCGGAUACCGCGGCCGUGGAGGAGGUGGUCGCGGAGGAGGCCGAGGAGGCUACGACAACAACAAUCGUAAUGACAACUACAAUAAUGCCAACGGUGGCGGGCGCGGCGGGUACAACAAUGGCGGUGGUCGGGGUGGCUACAACAAUCAAGGCGGUGGAUAUAACAACGGUGGUGGUUAUGGCAGUCAACAGCCAAACUUUCCUCCGUCUUCCUUCCCCGCGUGGCCUCCUCAAGCCGGCAGCCCGAACUUCCUACCUCCUCCACCACCAGGUUGGGUUCCUCCGCCCAACAUCGCUGGAGGCUGGCAGGGUGCGCCUCAAGGCGGUUACGUACCCCCACCAGCUGCCCAGCGACCUACCUGGAUGGGCAACACGAAUCAGCAACAGCAUGGUGGACCGCCACCACGUGGACCACCUGGCAACAAUUCAUUAAGAGACGAGAGAUUCUAUCGGUCUGCGGAUGAAAUAUUAGGGAGGAACGGAGGCGGAGGCGGAGGGUACCAGGGCGCAGGCGGGAAUGCUUAUAACAGCCAACCUCGCGAUGACAGGGGUGGACGGGGAGGAGGUGGUGGUGGUGGUAGGGGUGGCAAUCGUGGCGGUAGGGGAGGCGGAUACCAGACCAAUCGGCCGUCGUAUAAUUCAAAUGAGUAUCGCUGA